AAGCUAGGUUUGCCAAACUAGAAACUCAAACCCAGCCUAUAGGGAAAGAAAAAUAGAAAAACAUUCUUUUUUUUCUUUUCUUCUUCAAAGAAAAAAAAUAAAAAUGGCGGCAGCUUCUAGAAAAUCAAGAACUAACACUGUACUUAGAUCCCUUUCACCUUCACCUAGAUUCUGCAAUUCACAAGAUUCACCUUCUCACUAUUCUUCUUCUUCUUCCACCGCUUUUGCUUCUUCAACCUCAAGCUUCACUUCUCGUUCUACUUCCUUUUUCAGAGCCUCUACCUCUCCGACACGUGUCAGUCUAUACGGUUCAUCACCGUCUGCUUCGUCGGUUAGGUUUUCACUAGACCGUUCAAUUUCACCGAACCGGUCUAUCUCAGCCGUACCACGAACCGGUGUGAAGAAACAGAGUAGUAGUCAACCCAAAAGAACUUGCAUGUGUUCGCCUACGACGCAUCCUGGUUCGUUUCGGUGUAGUCUUCACAAAGGCUUUGGGUCACGCGCCGCCGUGACGCCAUACUCGCAGAAUCGACUCAACGCGCGUAGAUCUGCUAUGACGAAUUCGCUUGUGAGAAUUCGUGGUGUUGAAGGAGAUCUUGUGAAAAGAGCGCUUGCAGCGUUGAUUCGUCCUUCAUCGCAUCAACAGAAAAGAAGAGGAGAUUUUCAUCCAAGGCCUAGUAGACUAUCCGUUAUGACAAAAGCUCAAGAUUCUUGAAGUUCAAUUUCAACAGAUUCAAUUUUCGAUGUUUAGGUUUCCGGCCACUGCUGCUGUAGGUGGUGCCAGAUCCCGCCGAAUUGGAUUCAGACAACGCAACCGGAUCUAACGGCUGAGCAAGCGAUUCUGGAAAAUCAAGCGAGGAAUGAUUAUGUGCUUCAUAACUUAUCUGCUUGUUUGUGUACAUAUAGAAAUAUAUAAAUCUCUAUGAAUGGCAGCCAUUGAUGACUGUUCUUGGAGCUUCUGGGCCUAAUUACAUGAAAAACAAACAAUUUUGAUUAAAAUAUAAUAUAAUUAAUUCUCACUUUAAAUCCAAAAUUAAAUUCA